AUGACUGACAUGCGUGCAUCUUUAACAUAUAGUGAUUUUGGUCUGGUUCCGUGCCGCUCCCUGAGGACUCCGGCCAACGUACUGGUGACCAACCUGGCCGUCAGCGACCUGCUGCUGCUGCUCAACCUGGUCGUCUUCAUCUACAACAGCGUCCACCGCGGGCCCGCUCUGGGCGUCCCAGGGUGCCAGGUGUACGGCUUUGUGGGAGGCCUUACGGGCACGGUGUCGAUCGCCACCCUCACGGCGAUCGCGGUGGACCGCUACUGCGUGAUCGUGCACCCGCUGCGGGGGCGCGGCCGCAGCGGCCUCUGGCGCUCUCCCAGGGCGCGCGCACGGGUCGGCGUCUGCGCCGCCUGGCUGUACGGCGUCGUGUGGGCGGCGCCGCCCCUCACCGGCGCCGCGUGGGCCGGCCGGUACGUGCCCGAGGGCUUCCUCACCUCCUGCAGCUUCGACUACCUGCAGUGCACGGGCGAGACGACGGCGUACAUCGUGUCGUUCGGCGUGGCGGCGUGGCUGCUGCCGCUGGCCCUCAUCUCGUACUGCUACUGCGCCAUCUGCAGGGCCGCCCUCAGGGCCAAGGGCGACGCCGCGCAGGGCCACGACGGCCGCCACACGCACUCCGCCAAGCGCCGCACCGAGCUGCGCCUCGCAGCAGUCGUGGCGGGAGUGGUGGGGCUGUGGUUCGUGUCCUGGACGCCGUAUGCAGUGGUGUCGCUUCUGGGCGUGUUGGGCCUCCACGGCGCCAUCUCGCCACUGGGCUCGAUGCUGCCAGCGCUCUUCUGCAAGACAGCCUCGUGCCUCGACCCGUUCCUGUAUGCAGUGACGCACCCGCGCUUCCGGCGCGAGCUGGCAACGCUGUUGCGGCGGCCGCGGCAGCUGUUGCAACGUCGCUGGCACUGUGGGUGGGCGUGGGGUCGCCACCGGCCGGCCGGCCACCACGGGGGUCUGCGAUUCUCUGUGGCGCCCCCCUGCAGCCUGGGCCCACACAGUGGCUUCCACACUGGCGUCUCGCACCGGCGACCCUCCGAAACCAGCGAGAUGGACGUGGAGGAGGUGAUGGUGAUGGUGGACCUGCGCUCGCAGUCGCAGUCGCAGCAGGAGGACUCGUGGCCGCCGCCCCCGCAGCAGGGGGCGGCGGCGCGUCCCGGCGCCCUGCCGCUGGCGGUGGCGCCUUUCCCACCCCCGGCGUCGCGCGCGCUGCAGCCGCCCAGCUGGUUCGCGCCGCCGCUGCCCCACGUGGACCGCCGCACCAGCCUGCGACGCGGCCGCUCGCGAUGA